GAGAGAGAGAGAGAGAGAGAGACCCCCCCCCUCGCCAAAUGUCUAUGGACCCCACUCCCUCAUAACCCGACUCUUCUCCAAGCCUCGCGCAGAUGGCCACACAGUGUCCAGCCCGGACAGCGAGGUGUCCGAACCGGGGGAUGAGAUGAGAUGAGAGCCGAGUAGAUAUUUAUCAACUCUCCAGUCGCUGCUUCGUUCCGUUAUUUCGUAGUAAAGUAAAACAAAAAGAAGGAGCUUUUUUUCUUCUUCUUCUUCUUCUUGUUCGGGGGCAUACACAUGUGAAUGCCCGCACUCCACGCCUGCGCUGGUGAUGCCAUGCCGCGCAGUCACACCGGCGAAGAGAGCGGCGGCACCGGCACUGGCACCGGCACCGGCACCGGGCUCUGGCUGAAGAGCUCCACCGCGGGACGCAGGGCGCAGCAGGACUACGCGCUGAAGGAUGUGGAGCGUGGGCAGCAGAGGACGAUGAACAACGCGGUGCGCGUUGGAGGCGUUGGAGGCGCCGGCGGCGCAGGCGGCGACGCGCAGCAGCUGUCCCCCACCGCGGCAGGUGCGGCGGCGGCGGCGGAGAGGAAGCAGGGCGCCCGGCUCAGCCUGCUCGGCAAGCCGCUGACCUACAGCGCACAGAGCGGCCGCAGGAACGCGCGCUACCGCCGGCUGCAGAACUACCUCUACAACGUGCUGGAGAGACCGAGGGAGUGGGCGUUCGUCUACCACGCGUUCGUGUUCAUCCUGGUGUUUGGAUGUCUGGUUCUCUCCGUGUUUUCCACCAUCCCUGCUCACCAGGAAUUCUCCUCGCACUGUCUUCUCAUUUUGGUAGAGUUUGUGAUGAUUGUAGUGUUUGGUCUGGAGUACAUCAUUAGGAUAUGGAGUGCUGGCUGCUGCUGCCGCUACCGAGGCUGGCAGGGACGCCUCCGGUUCGCCAGGAAACCGUUCUGUGUCAUAGACAUCAUCGUGCUCAUCGCCUCGGUCGCCGUGGUUUCGGCCGGUAGCCAGGGCAACAUCUUCGCCACGUCUGCGCUGCGUAGCCUCCGCUUCCUCCAGAUCCUGCGCAUGGUGCGCAUGGACCGCAGGGGAGGCACCUGGAAGCUGCUGGGAUCCGUGGUCUACGCACACAGCAAGGAGCUGGUGACUGCCUGGUACAUUGGCUUCCUGGUGCUGAUCUUCUCCUCCUUCCUGGUCUACCUGGUGGAGAAAGAGUUCAACAAGGACUUUGCCACGUACGCCGACGCUCUGUGGUGGGGCACGAUCACCCUCACGACCAUCGGCUACGGGGACAAGACCCCGCUGACGUGGACGGGACGGUUGUUGGCAGCCGGCUUUGCUCUGCUGGGAAUCUCCUUCUUCGCCCUGCCCGCUGGCAUCCUCGGGUCAGGGUUUGCCCUGAAGGUGCAGGAGCAGCAUCGACAGAAGCACUUUGAAAAGAGGAGGAACCCAGCUGCCAGCCUCAUCCAGUGGGUCUGGCGUAGUUAUGCUGCUGAUGAGAACUCGGUUUCCAUUGCUACCUGGAAGCCUCAUUUAAAGGCGUUGCAUACCUGCAGCCCCGCCAAGAAAGAGCAGGGCGAGACCACGUACAGUCAGAAGUUGAGUUUCAAGGAGCGGGUCCGCAUGGCGAGUCCUCGCGGGCAGAGCAUGAAGAGCAGACAGGCGUCCACCAACGACCGCCAACGCUGUUCCCCGGGCAACGAGGCGGUGGGCGGCGGCGGCGGCGAGCUGAUGGGCGGGAGCCCGGCCAAAGUGCAGAAGAGCUGGAGCUUCAACGAUCGGACCCGUUUUAGGCCGUCGCUGAGGUUGAAGAGCCAGACUCGCACCGCCGUCCCAGACGUGGACGCAGGCAUGGCCGCGGAGGACUCCUUCGACGAGAGGGGCUGCCACUGCGACGUGACGGUGGAGGACCUGUCGGCUGCCCUCAAGGCCGUCAUCAGAGCGGUCAGGAUCAUGAAGUUCCACGUAGCAAAGAAGAAGUUUAAGGAGACGCUGCGUCCCUACGACGUGAAGGACGUCAUAGAGCAGUACUCUGCGGGACACUUGGACAUGCUCUGUCGGAUCAAGAGCCUCCAGACCAGACUUGACACUGUAGUGGGUCCGCCUCCGAGGCCUUUCAGAAGCCGCGCCAAGAACUUUUCCUCUCCCGCCCUACAUUUAUAUUACAGCCAGGCCCGGAGGAAACAGUCCGCACCGGGACCGGCCGGUGCAGCGGGCUCUGGUCCCAGCCUGAGUGGCCGACCCCGGAACGUGUCCGCUCCCGCCCUGCGUUAUUAUUACAGCAACAGGAGGAAGCUCCCGGGCUCAGGGGUAGAUCAGAUCCUGGGAAAAGGCCAGAUUCCUGUGGAUAAGAAGAUGAGGGACAAACUAAACCCGGAUGGGGACUCUAUGGAGACCAUGAGCAUGCUGGGACGUGUAUGUAAGGUGGAAAGACAGGUGACUUCCAUCGAGUCAAAGUUGGACUCUUUGCUGGACGUCUACCGCCAGGUUCUGCAGAAAGGUCCCUCGGCCCUCGCCCUCUCCUCCCUGCCUCUGUUCGAGCUGGACAGCCACCAGCACCACAACUCGGACUACCAGACCUCCAUCGUUGGCAGGGACCUCCCCUCCUCCCAGGGGGACGACCCCGUGCGAGGCAGAGGAGAUAACAGCGGGGGCCUACGCCGCUCCCUCAGUGCCAACCCGAGAGGCCUGCGGCUCAUCCUGGCCCCCGCUGACGACGACGACGUCCCCCCGGACUCGGCGCCUCCAUCCUACCCCCCGUCCACGGCCUCGCUCUCUCCGUCACCCCUGCUGCCGCCCGAUAGCCCCUAUCCAACCUUGGUCACACCCAACGGCAGCACCAAAAGAGCACAAUUCCCCGACCUGCCGCCUCCACCCACCUCAAGCGGGGGCUUCACCCUCCAGCUGCCCCCCAUGGUGCACCCCUCCCACCACCGCUGCUCCGCUGACUCCGUCCCAAAUGACCUGACGGACGGAGUGACAGCCGACAAAGAGGGCCUGGGCCCUCCUGUAGUUGUGCGAGCCGGUGCGGAUGCUGACCCGGAAGAGGACAGCCAGGCAGGCUUUGUCCACGCAAGGGUGCAGCUGCGGGAGAAGACUGGCUUGCAGUCGGAGGGGAUCUGGAGGAGGCACAUGAGCCUGGACGUCAACCCCCUGCUGCUGCUCUCGUCUAGCCCAGGCAAGACUUCGGACUGGGAAGGCGGUCUCGGGAAAUCCCUCUCCGCGCAUAAUCUCGGCCAGCCCCUGACCAGCCACGCCGCCGGCCUCUCCUCCGCGCUCAACAAGAGCAGCAGCAGCAACGGUAGCGACCGUGGCAACGCCCACCACGGUGACCUUAGGAACUGGGACGGAACAGAACUCUUCAUUCGCGAGUGCAAGUUGGAGGCGGCGGAAGAACAUUUCAACUUCCUGUCCCAGGGACCUGACAGCAGCCACUCCAACCUUUUGCAGACUGUGGAGGAAGCUGCGCCUCGCCCCAAGGGAAAUUCAGAGUUUCUCAGUCAAUCGCCACACAUACAGCUGGCAUAACCACACACACACACACACACACACACACACACACACACACACACACACACUCACCCUUGCGUACUGUAUGUACAUGCAUUUGUUGCGGAAGCCACGCAUAUUUUUACAUGACACAAAACAGGAAAUAAUACAAAAUUGUGCAAUUAAAUGCUUUGUGUGUGGACAAUGUUUUCAUAUUUUGUCAAACAUGGAUUUGUCCACUUUCAUAAAGAUUUUAUUUGGCGAUAUACUUUUUUAUCAUUUUUAGGGGGUCCUAAAAUUUACAUAGACAAUAAAAGGAAGAUAAUAGUAUAAAGCAUGUAUAGAAUAUGUAUGCAAGUGGCAACAUUCAUGUAGGACAAAAUACACGAACAAUACACACAUGCAAAGACACCUUCCUUGACAAUGAAAUUAAGAACAAUGUAGGAAUGUUUGACACCUGACUACUGGACAUCAGAGUGAAGAUGCAAACAAAAUAAUUUCGGACACAACAGGAAUUGCAAGUUGUCCAGUGUCAGUCUGAGCCUAAACCCAAAACAAAAAAAUAACCUAUAGUUUGGGCUGAUCACUGAAAGAAGCAGGCGUCUUAACUUACUGUAGAAAUUACAAGAUGGGUCAUCCGAUUUGUGCCAACCUUGAACAAUUUUAAAUGAGUGAAUUUAAAGACAGAAGAACGUACUGUCUCAUUGCCAAAAGUGACAAAAGUAAUUGAAACUUGAAUAAGCCACAAAAAAAAAAAAUCAUGGGUCAACCACUUCUUUCUUGUUGUGGUGAAACAGUACACACACACACACACACACACACACACACACAAAUACACACUGACUGACACAUGCAACCCUCUGAGUAUUCUCAGAAGAGCCAACUUGACAAAGACUGGGGCUGACUAGCGACUUCUUUUUUUAAAUUUCUUUUCAUACAAGUGCUUGUAUUCAGUGACUUUCUUGUAAGAACAGGAGAGUCUGUCUUUUGUGUCUAAUGUAACAUGUCCUCUUUUACUUAGGCUUUCAUACAUAUCACUGCAUGGACUGUUUCCGAAAAACAAAGGAGUGAUGUUGAUGAGGUGAGGCCUGGUGCGAUGGCAGCAGCUGAAUUCUAAAAAAAAAUUUAUAAAGAGUUUACGGUCAAACCCCUUAGCAUGUGCUCAGACCACAGGCAUCUCAUUGUGUUAAUUCUACGCAGCCACAGAAUCUUUCAAAGUCAUUUCUGAUACGCUUGCCGAGUGUGUCAUCGGUCGGCAGGUUGUCGGCGAAUGUAGAAUGUAGCAAGCCUAAUCCGGCAAAAACGUCCCAUCAGCAGUGGCUCGAGGCAAAGGGGUUGGACCAUGUCCCGCUUGGCUUUGACAGUAUAGCCUGGUCAGUCGCUAAUGGUCUGAAUGCUGGACUGCAGUGGGGGUUGUCUCGGCCGAGCAUGAGAUGAUGCUGCAUGUCUUACGCUGCUGCGGGAGCCCGGAGGGCCCCUCUUGCAUGUUGAAGUAUCGUUUCCUCCAGACCUUUUAAUGAAAAGGUACCAACAAAGUUUGCCCUAUGUGAACAUUAGAAUAUUCUAAUUUGAACUCAUUUGAUGGUAGUUUGAAAAAACAACAACAACUGUACUGCCAAUUAUACGAAUAACCCAGUUACUAUGAAAUGUUAGGACGCACAAGGUAAUUCAAUUUUAUUAGAAAUUAAAUUUUUUUGACAAACCCUAUAUUUUUAAUGGGUGCUGGUUGCACCAUGUUGCAUCAAUAACGAUUAAAGGCUGCUGAACUGACUUUAUCCCACCUCCCCAGUUCGGUGCACCGAUUCCCUGUUUAACCCAUGAUGAUAAUAAUACACUGUAACAUGCAUGUAUGCAUGUUGUCCAUUAUCCAUGUGUCCAUUCUGCUGCUAACGAUGUCAAAAUGUGAUAUAUAUAUAUAUAUAUAUAUAUAUUCACACGAUGAAAUAUGAGUGAGCGAGCGAGAGAGAGAGAGUGAGAAUGCGCUUAUCCAGAGAAAUGUGCUGGAGGAAACUUUGGCAGGAGACAAACUGGACGAAGAAGAAUUGGACCUGAAACUGAGAUUUAAGAUUUUUUUAAUGUACACGUGAGGCCUCUUUAACCUCUUCUUUGGGCCUCACAAACAUUUACGUAUAAUCGACCUCAUCACAUCAAUUACUAGGGACACGUUAAUAUUUUUGGUGCAUUUUGUCCCUAUUCAGAUUGAGAUGUUAUGUUUUUACACCAGCCGGCUAAUGGAAAACAAUGUUCUGCAAGGGUCUUAACUGACACUUCCCUAACACUUCACUUAAUAGCAGAAUUUUUUUUUUAAGUGCUAUCCUGCUUGUAGAUGAGUUGACUGCUCCUGAAUGAAAAUUAUGCACAAAAAGAGGGCAGCCAUCUUACUUCCUGUCAGGCAUUUUUAACUUGUUUUUGCACGUUAACGUCUUAAGGGGUACGCAGUCACAGCAGUCUUAAAAAUGUAUUUUAACGCGUUAACGACAAGCCUUGAUUCAUCUUUUUUCACUUCAAAUGAGUGCGUUGCUUAGAAAAAAUUAACAUUUUGUAGUAUCAUAUAACAAGUAUUAUCUUCUAACAAAUGGCAAGUGUUAAAAAAAACUUGUCGAUUAGGAGGAUUGAGAUAUCCGACAGCCCGCGCAGGAGUUUCUGCAAUGAUGAAAUAUAUUACCGACAGGGAAGCACAGUUGUAUUGUGGUGAGUUUCAGGAGCCUGAAAAUGUGACACACGGUUAGUUUCAGUCCUAAUAUUGGAAUUUGAUUUUCUGUAGUUAUUGAUUGAGUUUUUCUACAUAUAUGAAGAAGAGUCCCAGCUGAAACUGCCCCGUUACUUCGGAAUAAGGUUGAGAAAAGAUCAAAUUAGAUGGAUUACGCCUCACAUAAAACAUGCUCAUGUUUGCCAUCUGUAAAUUGCUUAAGGGUGCCUUUCUUGCAUAUGGAAAUUACUUUAUGUUUUUUUCUUCACAGGGCGACAAAGGUGGAGUUUGUCGCCUAUCGCAUACUGUAUAGUUGUCAAACUGCUCAUUUUUGGGGUUGGGCAUCCAGUUCACUUUAAGUCAUGUAGCUUUAGCCACAGGCAUUUAUAUGGCUCCGGUGGCUCAAUAGUACCAUUUCUCUACUGCUCGGAACGGUAAUUUAUUUACACGACUGGCCUUAAAAGCUUGACAAAAUGUUAACAUUAUUAUUUCUUUUGAAAUUAAUUUAUUAAAGUGCACAUUAUGUUCUCUGGACGAGAAAUGCAGAAAUAAUUGUAUUAUUAUUCAUGAAUAAAGUACAAAUUAACUGAAGUGUUUA